CCCGCCCCUCGACCGACUAUAAAAGUCUCUCAGGCGGGGCACGCUCCGAGAUUCUGAUCCGUGCCUACCCGACGAUCUUCCAUCAUGCCUAUCGUCCUGGGUUACUGGGAUAUCCGCGGGCUUGCCCAUGCCAUCCGUCUGCUCCUGGAAUACACCGGCGCCGAAUAUGAAGAGAAGGUGUACCGUUUUGGGGACGCUCCUGACUUUGACCGAAGCCAGUGGCUGGAUGUGAAGUUCAACCUGGGCUUGGCUUUCCCAAAUCUGCCUUACCUGAUUGACGGUGACAAGAAGAUCACCCAGAGCAAUGCCAUCUUGCGCUACAUUGCCAGACAAUACAACCUAUGUGGUGAGACGGAAGAAGAAUGCAUCCGAGUCGACAUGCUCGAGAACCACGUCAUGGACAUCCGCAUGCAGCUGGCUCGUGUCUGCUACAACCCAAACUUUCCACAGACUCUGCUGCUGCAUCUCUGGUACAUUUCUUCAUCUCCCACCUCUGUGCCUGGUUUCCUGUGGUGUUCUUGCCUCGUCUCGGCCUCUUAGAAUCC